GCUGCGUGUCUUGGCUCUUUGGAAGGGUUUACAGACAUACAGACAGAGAGUGUGAGAGCUUUGAGCUGAGGGGAAAGGAACGAUUCAGGUUGAGAGACGAUGAUGUUGAUGAUAAGGAGUGCCAAAGCUUUGAGAUCUGCUCGGCCUCUUCUCCUGGAGACUGCAGGUACCCUGAGAACUUGUUUACUCCACAGCCCUUACGAGUUCUUGUCUUUCGUCUGCGGACGUGGCUUUUCUAGCAGCGAUAGAAAUCUCUGUUAUAGAGAGACAUUGAGAAGUGGGCUCGUCGAUAUCAAGAAGGAUGAUGCUGUAGCUCUGUUUCAGUCCAUGAUUAGGUCUCGUCCUCUUCCUACGGUCAUAGAUUUCAACAGAUUGUUUGGUUUAGUUGCCAAAACGAAACAGUAUGACCUUGUCUUAGCUCUCUGCAAGCAAAUGGAACUGAAAGGGAUUGCGUAUGAUCUAUACACUCUCAACAUUAUGAUCAAUUGCUUCUGCAGGCGUCGGAAACUCGGUUUUGCUUUUUCUGCUAUGGGAAAGAUUUUGAAACUUGGUUAUGAACCUAGCACGAUCACAUUCUCAACUUUGAUAAACGGAUUGUGUCUUGAGGGUAGACUCUCCGAAGCUGUGGAGUUAGUUGAUCGAAUGGUGGAAAUGAAGGUUAUUCCAAAUCUCAUUAUACUCAACACUAUUGUCAAUGGUCUUUGUCUCCAAGACAGAUUGUCUGAAGCAAUGGCUUUGAUUGAUCGAAUGAUGGCUAAUGGAUGUCAACCCGACACAUUUACCUACGGUCCGGUUUUGAACAGAAUGUGUAAGUCAGGGAACACUUCCUCCGCCUUGGAUCUGCUCAGAAACAUGGAAGGUAGAAAAAUCGAACUCGAUGCUGCUAAAUACAAUGUCAUUAUUGAUAGUCUUUGCAAAGAUGGGAGCCUCGACGAUGCACUCAUCCUUUUCAAUGAAAUGGAAACCAAAGGGAUCAAACCAAAUGUCAUCACCUACAACUCUCUCAUAGGAGGCUUCUGUAGUGCCGGCAGAUGGGAUGAUGGUGCACAGCUGCUGAGGGAUAUGAUCACAAGGGGAAUCACCCCUAACGUUGUCACUUUCAAUGCUUUGAUUGAUAGUUUUGUGAAAGAGGGAAAGCUUUCUGAGGCUGAAGAAUUGUACAAUGAGAUGAUCCCAAGAGGCAUAGAUCCUAAUACUAUUACAUAUAGUACUUUGAUAUAUGGGCUGUGCUACGAAAAGCGCUUAGAUGAAGCCAACCAGAUGCUGGAUCUGAUGGUUAGCAAGGGAUGCGAUCCUGAUAUUUGGACGUAUAAUAUCCUUAUAAACGGGUAUUGUAAGGCUAAACUGGUUGAUGAUGGUAUGAGACUUUUCCGCAAAAUGUCUCUGAGAGGAGUGGUUGCAGAUACAGUCACUUAUAGCAGUCUCAUUCAAGGGUUUUGUCAAUCAGGAAAACUUAAAGUUGCCAAAGAACUCUUCCAAGAAAUGGUUUCUGAAGGUGCUCAUCCUGAUAUUGUGACUUACGGUAUUUUGCUGGAUGGUUUGUGUGACAAUGGAGAACUAGAGGAAGCCCUGGAAAUACUUGAAAAAAUGCACAAGACUAAGACGGAACUUGACAUUGGUAUAUAUAGUAUCAUCAUUCACGGGAUGUGCAAUGCUAGUAAGGUCGAUGAUGCUUGGGAUCUGUUCUGCAGCCUACCUUCGAAAGGAGUGAAGCCUGAUGUUAAGACGUACACUGUAAUGAUUUCGGGACUGUGUAAGAAAGGGUUACUGCCUGAAGCAAAGAUGUUGCUUAGAAAAAUGGAGGAAGAUGGGAUUGCGCCAAAUGAUUGUACAUACAACACACUAAUACGAGCUCAUCUCAGAGGCAGCGACAUAAGCAAUUCAGUUGAACUCAUCGAAGAAAUGAAGAGGUGUGGCUUCUCUGCAGAUGCUUCCACCAUGAAGAUGGUUAUGGAUAUGUUAUCGGAUGGUGGAUUGGACAAAAGCUUUUUGGAUAUGCUUUCUUGAACGCCUCAUCUAAGCUCUGCUAGAAAGCUGAGGUGGUAAAGAGAAUAUCUCUGAGUCUUGACCAUAUGAAGUAGAAUUGCUCCAUGAGGAUGCAAAACGAGUAUCCUGACUAAAUCAGUAUCAGGAAACACAUUGCAAGUGAUCAUUCUCGUAGCACUCUCAAAGGUAAAGUGGCAUCGAAAACAAAAACCAUAGGCAAGGACUGAAUGGUCAUGAGCCACACCAUCUGGAUUCUGGACCAUCAACAACCUCACCAAUUUUGUUUGAUCUUUGGUCCUUCAUAUUCCAUGCAGAAGCAAUACCACUGUCUCCUUCCCUUACCACUCUUGUCUGGACUGGACAGCAAGCAUGACUGGUACCUGAUAACAUCAGAGCAUCAAGCACUGGCAGCUCCUCGAGUUUCAUUCCACCAAUCUUUUUUCCGGCUGGAAAAGUUGGGAAUCAUAGUCAUCAAUCUCCAUCUGAUCUGAAACCAAGUCAUCACGUGCCAUCCAGACACGAACCACUCCCAUCUAUCUGUACAUGCAACCUUGACAUCCCAAACACAUCAGAUGGUGAUGGUGUUCUUGUUCGUGAAAAUUAACACCAACAAUACGUACAGCAAUUUUGCCUUAUAGAUAUUAGAUUCUCUAAAUGAUUCUUUUGUUUGUUU